UUGGGACGUUCAAGCUCUUCAAACUGGCCUGAUCACUUCACACGAGUUAACAACAUGGAUGGAAGUAAUGAGAAAGAAGCUGAACUGAAACCUGGCCAGGUUAUCAAGCCCCAGAUGAAUGAGAAUGUUGCCAAGAAUAUGGUCAGGAUUCUCUUUGGAAUGGAGGUGACAUCUAUUAAAGAGAUGGCAAGUUAUGAUGACAGAAAUUAUUAUGUGAAAGUAAAGGAAGACCACAACAAUAACAACAUUGAGAAAAUCUGGCCCCAUGGUUACACCCUCAAAGUUACAAACUCAAUGGAGUCUGUUAAAGCACAUAUUGAUGCAGAACAUGGGAUGCAGAGACUGCUACACAGCAAUGAUAUACCAUGCCCACUACCAGUACUCAAUGUACAGGGUACAGACAGGACCUUACAAGUCAUAUACACACCACAAUCAAAAGAGGAAGGAUGGAUGAAAACACCAAGUGAAGGUGGAGACAGACCAUUCAACCGUCAUACUGUACGUCUCCUCACAUUUAUCCCAGGUGAAACAUUGUUCAAUGUGCCAUACACACCUCAUCUGUUCCAUAGUGCUGGAGUCAUGCUUGGCAGAAUAAACAAACUUUUCAAGGACACCAAUUUCAACCAUGCUGCCUUUGAUGACUACACUUCCUUGUGGAACCUCGCCAGUACCCCUCAGCUCAGCAAGUUUGUGUAUGCAGUCACAGAUCCAGACAAUCAUGCUCUCAUAGAGGAGGUUCUAACUGCAUUUGAAGCUCAAGUACCACCUCACUAUGAUAAACUUACUAAAGGUACCAUUCAUGGGGAUUACAAUGAGCAGAACCUCUUGGUGACACCAAGCUCUCUAAAACCAGACACCCCUGUGAAAGAAUACGAUGUCUGUGGCGUACUAGAUUUCCAAGAUGCUGCAUUUUCUUAUUUUGUCUUUGAUGUAGCUAUCGGGAUUUGUUAUCUCAUGAUUGAAUGUCAAAAUGUGGAUCCCCUCGAUGUUGGUGGACACUUCCUCGCAGGGUAUUUGUCAGAAAUGUCACUCAAUGAAUCAGAGUUUGAAGUACUGAAAAUAUGUGUCGCAUCUAGAUUUGCUCAGUCGCUUGUAAUGGGGGCUUACUCGUAUUCCCUUGACCCUGGUAAUGAGUACCUUUUAGUCACACAGGAAAAUGGAUGGAAAAAAUUGAAAAUUCUAUGGCCUGUUUCUCAAGAUGCUUUGUACACGCGAUGGAAAAAUAUCAUUGAUUCUUACAAAAAGUAAUUCACUGAAUGACUGACGUGAUUUUCCUCUAAAAUUUACGUAUCUUUUUUUUUAUUAUGAUCCCAGAAUAUAAUGAUCAAUACAUAGCGACGCAAAGGAAUUCUUACCAUUAAUUUAUUAUGGGGAAAAGCAUGUCUACAAUGUACUCAGGGUGAUUAUAAGGAAGCAAAUGCAAUUAGUUUAUUGAUUCAUGGAAAUGAAAGUUUGUAUUAUUUUUAGUUUAAGCUCAUUAAAUUACAAUUUAAUAUAAAAUAAUUUGUGAUUAAGAUUGGAAAUGCACAAAAAUAUAUUGCUGAUAAAAUACAUUUCAACAUUAUGGAAUGUUAAAAUGUCUUCCAAAUUGUACAUGUU